UUAAAAACAUAAGAAAUUAAAAAUAGUUCAUCAUCAACACAUUUUCUUGAGAAAUCGUUACCAACCUGCUCAUUUCUUCCUCAAUCGACUUCAUCUUGACGCCGGAGUUGGACGACAUUUUGAUUCAAUGAAUUCAUGACGUCACGAAUUGCUAGCUGAAAUUUCGAGAAAUUGCGCAAGAAAGGAACGAACACUGCUCGGGAAUCCUUAAAAAGAAGGUGCUCUUCAUUUUCAUUUCAGUGACGCAUUUGAUCUCCGAAUCAUCAACGAUCCUGCAGACUUACCAAUUUGAAGAGAUCAAGUGAGAAGGAUUAUGGGAAAGGAUGACCCAGUCCCCUUGGAGAAAAGGACACUGUCCGUCACAAAUAGAGAUGGCUCCAAGAUGGAUCGACCUGCCUUGGAUGAGUUCUGGUUGGAGCAAGUGAACUUUGUGAAGUAUGCCCCGCCCCCAGACCCUGGGGAUGGGGUGGGGCUAGAGGAGUGGGAGGAGAGGUUAAAGUUCAUGGAAGAAGAUCUCCAAUGGCUCCUCAAGUUACCCCAUCAUAAAUUCUGGAGUCAGGUCGUGAAUGAUGUAAGCCUCCAACAGAGUUUGGAAUCUUAUCUACAAGAUGCUCCCAGAUCACAUGACCCAAGUAAAGCUAUCCCACCAGCCAUUGCCAGUCGUCAGAAGUCGGUCCAUCGGUUAGUGUUUAUGGCUUUCUUGCGAAUGUCUACCUACAAGGAAACAAAGGAUCAUUUCAUCACACCCAGUGUGUUUGGAGACCUCAUCUACAACAACUUCGUCUUCGACAUGGCCAAGAUCAUGGACCUGUGCGUCAUCUACGGAGGGGGAAACAGCGCCCUCUUGAGCAAGAUGCUGGACAACAUCUUCACACAUCAGCCUCAGUAUCAGAAUGACCUGGAAGUUGUUGUAGACACGACCUUGACAGUGCUGAUGAUGAUCCUCAAGAAAUGUGGUUUUGAUGGAAGUGCCACACCUCAACUGCUGGGAGAAGCUGGACAGCAACCAAUCAGCAACCAGGAUUUGUAUGAUGUCAUCUUGUACAUGGCUGACUCCGCCCAGACGCUGCUAGCCUUUCUUCAAGUCUACCCAGCGGCCUGCCAGAUGUUCUAUCGGAAAGGGGCCAUACAGAAGAUAGCGUCUUUCUAUGAAAUCCUCAUGCCUGAACUUCUGGACUUCAUUAUGGAAAGGGAUUGGGAGACAGAGAGUGUGAAAGACACCCUGAAGAAGCACCUUGUGAUAGCACAGUCGGGCCUUGUUCACACUUGUGUUUUAAUCCUGAAUAUUUGCUGUGUUCAGCCAAUCCUUGCCAAAAGUGGGAGUGAUGAAGUUUCAAGUCAUAUUGAGAGCUACCUUGAAGUCUUGGCAUCCCUCCUGACGGAUAAACUCUUCCUAGCUACGAUCUGCAACCAUUCCAACAUCCAAGAUGACAUCGAUAUGAUAGUACAGAGCUCGCACCAAGUGGAUGAGACGAGGACUAAGUUCAUUCAGGAUGGAAUGCAUGAAGCUUUGUCUCUCUAUGGGUGCAAGAACCCACGUAAGCCUCCCACCCCUAAGAGCGCUACCACACCCCGGGCGGGUGCCUCUCCUAAGGGCAACCAGAGUCUGGACGUGCUGGUGGCUGCACCUGAAGAUUACCAAACGGAUGUAUAUCUAGAAGAUCAGGUCGCUUCAGCAUCAGCUACUGCCUCUCCUGCCUUAAAGACUGGUGUUGAACUCGAAUCACUGAUAAGUGGUGUGAGGGACCUACUGCCAGACUUGGGAGAAGGGUUCAUAAUCGCUUGUCUGGAGGAGUACAACUAUGACAGUGCCCAAGUCAUCAAUGACAUCCUGGAGGAUAAACUCCUUGAAUCUCUGCAAGGAUUGGAUAGAACCAUGAAGAGGACAAAGCCUAAGGCUGCUCCCCCUGAAGACCUUCUCUCUCAGAGGGCUAACGUCUAUGAUAACGAUGAGUUUGAUGUCUUCUCGAAGGACAAAGUGGACAGGACUAAAGUUCAGAAAGGAAAGAGGAAAGAGGAGAGCGCCAAGGCCGUACUCGCCGACAAAUCCACCGUCCAAGAGAUGAAGAAAUCUUAUGAGCAGUAUUACGAGGUCAGCUAUGAUGAUGAAUAUGAUGACGAGUACGAUGACACCUAUGAUACCAUCAAUGUUGGAGCUGGCGAUGCUGACUCGGCGGAUGAGCUACAGACCAGAAGACCAUUCACCAUGCCAAGAGUUCUAGCCGCUGUUCAAGCAAAGAACAAUGAAGAUGAAUUAGAAGAUGACGAUGAGGAGGAGGAUGAUGAAGAGAAGAGUCAAGAUGCGAGGAGAACUCAAGAUAGCAGAGCAUCAGAGAGACCAAGAGCCGGGUCAGGUCGUGACCCCCAUCAGCCCCAACUCAAGGGUCAGCCGUCACGAGGGGGCAGGGGUGGAGGGAGAGGGCAAGGAGGGGGAGGUAGAGGAAGAGGGGGAGGUAGGGGUGGGGGCGGAAGCGGCAGAGGGGGAGGGAGCGGAAGAGGUGGAGGGAGUGGGAGAGGAGGGGGUGGAGGUAGAGGGGGAGGGAGUGCCAGUGGAGGUAGAGGAGGAGGGAGUGGAGGAAAGGGAGGUGGAUCGGGAGGAGGAGGAGGAGGAGGAGGAGGAGGAGGAGGAGGAGGACAAGGUCAAGGAAGGACGGAGCAAGAGGGGAGGUCAAGAGCAAAGAAUGAAAGAAACAAAUCAUCAAGAGGCAAUCAUAACAGAAAAACAAUGGCCGACAAGAAGCGAUCAAAAGGAAUGGGACCAUUGCCUAGCUAA